AUGUUGCGGCUGAUCGUUGUUCUCUCUGCUGUUUUGCGAUCAGGAAGCGGCACGGCUUCGCCUUUGUUGGAUGAAUGUGCCGUGAUGUGGUUCGGAGGAGCUGCUGCAAGAUCAGCAGUUUUGAUGCAUAGCAAGGCUUACUGGCUGGAAGGACCUGUCGGUGGCCUGAUUCCCACCAUCUCGGAGGUUCUGCUGGCACCGUUGUUGUUUGCCCUGGGCAAGCGAGCCCUGCGUCGAUCGACUUUGACGAUGUCGCUGGUUGUGGUGUUGGUGGGUUUUUUCGCGCAGAGAAACAACAUCCAUUUGGCGGAAGAGCACGAAGCCAAUCUGCUCUUCACCGCGGCGCACUGCUUCGAGCUCCUAUCAGCCGUGCUCUACCUUGGUCGAACGCUGCUGUCCGACAGUGACAGCCCCGAUUUACAAUUCUCUUUGACAUUUACGCAUCUUGUGAUGGUGGUGCAGCAGAGUCUUGCCGUGUAUUUCUGGCUGCAGGCAUUCGAGCCGGACACCGUGAGUGGGACAGGGCUGGGAAUUGCUGCUAUUCAGCUAAGCUGUCUAGGCCAACUUUGCGCGUAUUUGGCAGCGGCAUCUUUGCACGUAGCCACGUGGUUCGCAGAUGAAGCAUAUCAACCGAUUCAUGCACACUUGUGA